AUCAUAAAUAGAGUGACAGAGCAGCCCAUGUAUGUACGAUCGUAUGAAGUGGCGGAAACAUGUUUAACCUUAGGUAGCCCAAGAUCGUGAUAUACGAGUGAGCAGUGCAGUCAGUCGGUAGACUUGAGCGAUACACUUGCAGUGUCGGAGAAUUACGACUGUGUUCAUUGGAUCCAUCGAUCAGCGUUACUCGCAAUCGGCAAAGCAUUGACAGUUCUAUUCUCUGGACGUAGUAGCCUGCACCGCGUCGAUCGUCGCGUUGUUGUGCUUAGUUUGUAUUUAUUGAUUUGUCAACGUCAACUAGAAAUAUGGCGACAGAAAAGCUUGCUAACGUAAUGUUAAUUACGGCCAAUGUUGGAUCCAUUUUCGAAGAGCCUGAUACUUUGAUGCCAAUCUGGAUGAAAGAAUUUUUUGAGACCAUAAAGAAAAUGGAGCCUCAGUUUAUAGCUUUACACUGUCAGGAAGUUGGUGGCAAGAACUACCAUGAUAGUAUGCAACAUAUCAGCACGUUCACCAGAUUACUCCUAGAAAGUGAAGAAAUGAAGUCAUACAACAGAGCUAGGAUAUAUCUGGAUGAUGACUAUAAAACAGAAGAAAAGUUCACCGCACUUGGUUGUUUAUACUUUAUUCAUGAAAGUCUUCAGAAUAUAUUCUUGUAUGAUUUUGAAGCUCUCAAGUUCAGAUUUAUAAGCGGGAAAGACAUCUACACAGGGAGCAAGUUGUUUGAAACAAAGACCCAUGAGAAACUCAAAUUCCCCAUGGAGUUUUUCCCAGAGACGAGAUGGUCAAGGAAGGGAUUUCUCAGAACAAGAUGGAGUAUAAAUGACAGCAUAUUUGAUUUGGUUGAUAUUCAUUUAUUUCACGAUGCUUCAAACAUUAUUGCUGCCGAGAAAUCUCCAUCAACAUACUCCAAUCAUCGACGAAAAGCAUUAGACCAUGCAAUACAGCGGUUUUCUUCAGAUAAAUAUGAUAAAGUGCCAUUUAUUAUGUUUGGUGACUUUAACUUCAGACUAGACCAGUAUGGGGUCAUUAAGUCGCUGUGUGCGAAGGCCACUGCAGAGUACCUAAAGGAGAAUGAUGAAAUAAAGAGAGUGACUUACAUCGAAAAUGACAACAAGAAUAAGGUUAUCUUAACAAUGGAAAAAAAGAAGUUCACGCCCCAUAAUCCUAAGAUCUACACUGAAAAUAAAGGCAGAUGGUUACGAAAGUUUGACCGAGAAGCUAGGUACUUUUAUGACAGACUAUAUGAAUAUGAUGUAGAAUUCCCCCCAAGUUAUCCGUAUUCUGAGGAUCUCAAUAAAGGCCAUGAUUAUAUGGGUACAAGGAUACCUGGUUGGUGUGAUAGGAUAUUACUGUCUCACUCUGCCAGAGAUUUAGUACAAAAGGAUAUUGUUCAUCCGCCAAACUAUAGUGUUAUAGGUCCAGAUGUAUGUAUGGGAGAUCACAAGCCAGUGUUCUUGUUCUUCAAAUUAAUUGGCGGGAAAGAUGAACCACCUCGAAAACGUGCUAAGUCUGAAUGAAGUAAUGAGUGCAUGCUCUCCUGCUGCCCCUGGUGAUAUGUGUCAGUGAGUCUCGUAUUAUGUUCCCUAUAAACACAAAAAUAUUAAUAAUAUUCCAG